GCUUGCUUAGUUGUUUGUAUUGUUUCUGUAUUUACCCUGAGUGUGAUUGUAAUAAAAGAUUGCCAAUUUAAAAAAAAAAAAAACGUAAGGCACCUAGUUGCAGUGAAUGAACUACAAGUACCACCCAUCAUCGGGCCUUUCAGGGGUACCAGGUUCACAUGGGCUGGAAGGGAAAUCCGCAUUUUAAGUACGACGCCCUCUACGGGAUACACAGCUCGUAUCUGGCAACACACACACACACACACGCACACACACACAUACAUAUAACCCACUCACGGCUGUCGUCACUGAGGUCAGGUAGACGGAGCGAAGAUGGCGACCGCCUACGAGAGAUACAAUCUGCACACCACCCCAGAGAAGUUCUUCAUCGAGGCCUGCGAUGAGGGGGCUGACGCUGUGCUGGCAAUCGACAGGGUCUCAAAUGAGAUGACCCUCGCAGGUAAAAAGGAUGUUCCUCCCUCAGCAGUCACCAGGCCUAUAUGUGGCAUCAUGGGAACCAUUCGCCUGGUGGCAGGGAUGUACCUGAUCGUCAUCACCAGGAAGAGGAACGUGGGCAGCCUCCUGGGCCACGCCGUGUGGAAGGCGGUGGAUUUUGAUGUGAUCUCUUACAAGAAGACGGUGCUGCACCUCUCGGAGAUCCAGUCGCAGGAGAAUAAGACCUUCCUGUCAAUGAUCAACAAUGUGCUGACUACAGACGGCUUCUACUUCUGUACCGACUACGACCUGACACACACACUGCAGCGGCUGGCCAACACCAGCCCCGACUUCCAGGAGAUGAGUCUGCUGGAGAGGGCAGAUCAGAGGUUCGUGUGGAACGGGAACCUCCUGAGAGAACUUGCUGCGCAGCCAGAGCUUCAUAAGUUUGCACUUCCUGUUGUCCAUGGAUUCAUCGUCAUGAAGCCAUGUCGUAUAAAUGGGAAGAUCUUUGAGUGGAUCCUCAUAUCCAGGAGAAGCUGCUUCCGGGCCGGCGUCAGAUACUACGUCAGAGGCAUCGACUCUGAGGGCCAUGCUGCUAACUUUGUGGAGACUGAGCAGAUAGUUUUGUAUGAGGGAGCAAAGGCUUCAUUUGUACAGACACGAGGCUCCAUGCCCUUUUACUGGAGCCAGAGGCCCAACCUCAAAUACAAACCUAAACCUAUAAUCAGCAAAACCACCAGCCACAUGGAUGGUUUCCAGAGGCAUUUCGACUCUCAGCUCCUCAUCUAUGGAAAGCAAACUAUUCUCAACCUGGUGAAUCAGAAGGGCUCAGAGAAGCCACUAGAACAGGCCUUUGCAAAGAUGGUGUCAGGCAUGAACAAUGGUAUGCUCAGUUACAUCGCCUUCGACUUCCACAAAGAGUGCAGCCACAUGCGAUGGGACCGUCUCCAGAUCUUAGUGGAUUCUGUCUCUGAGAUACAAGAUGAAUACGGCUACUUCAUGGUGAACUCAGAGGGGAAGACGGUGGCCCAAGAGAGAGGAGUCUUCCGCAGUAACUGCAUGGACUGCCUGGACAGAACCAAUGUCAUCCAGAGCCUGCUGGCCCGACGCUCCCUGCAGUCUCAGCUCCAGAGGAUGGGGGUGCUGAAUGUGGGCCAGCGGAUUGAAGAGCAGGCUGAGUUUGAGAAGAUCUACAAGAACGCAUGGGCUGACAAUGCCAAUGCAUGCGCUGUACAGUACGCAGGAACUGGAGCCUUGAAAACAGACUUCACAAGGACGGGGAAGAGGACCAGGUGGGGGCUGCUGAUGGAUGGCUGGAACUCCAUGAUCCGCUACUACAAAAACAACUUCUCUGAUGGAUUCAGACAGGACUCCAUUGAUCUGUUUCUGGGUAACUUUGCUGUUGAUGAGUCGGAUGGACCCACUCCACUUCGUGUGCAGAAGGACUGGAAGUUCCUCACGCUGCCCAUCAUCAUGCUGGUGGCGUUUUCCAUGUGCAUCGUGUGUCUUCUCAUGGCUGGUGACACGUGGACAGAGACCUUGGCCUAUGUGAUGUUCUGGGGGGCUGCGAGCGCCAUCACAGCCGCCAUCAUCCUGUUUAACGGCCAAGACUUUGUGGACGCCCCCAAACUGGUUCACAAGGAGAAGAUGGACUGAGUGGUGUGCGUGUGUGUGUGUGUGUGUGUGUGCGUGUGUGUGUGUGUGCGUGUGUGUGUGUGUGUGUGUGUGUGUGUGCGUGCGUGUGGAGCAGCUGGGCCCAGCAGGCUCAUAUACCUCGUCAUCUUCACCGUCAUCUUCCUCACGUCUGGACUCUAGACUGAUCUGCUGCCUCCACACUGUCCUCCAGACUCAGUCAGAUCAUCAUGUUUGACCUUCCUCUGCACACACUGCUUCACAUGGUUUGCUUUCCUCCUGCUGUAUCUUUAGGUUGGCUUUGCUGGUGUUAGGUUGUCAGUUGUACGGACGGUCUGUGAUGGGACUUCUUAUUUGUUUACCAUUUUUAAAAAAUUUUAAACCAGUAAAAAUGUUCUAACAAGACAUUUUCCAUUGUGCUUCAUGACACACAGCAGUUGAAGGCCCUACAUGCCCACGCAGGUGUUUCUGUCAGUUUUUUAAGAUGGGGUGGAGCUAUGCUGUACAUGAUGUGAUGUCACCAAACUCCACAUGCUACUACAAAAAUGAUAAACAGUGUAAGAUGUCCCAACACAAGAGGUAGUUGUUGAAACACCUGUGUGGGUGGAUUAUAUGUGUAGGCCCUUUAAAGCUGCAUUAAUUGUUUGUUCAUUAUUGAUUUGGUGUUGGGUGGGUUGGAAAUGAGGUUGAUAAGAGGAGGUGUUGAUCCUAAAACCAAAAUGAUGAACUGAAAGAAGCUAAAAAUAUUGGGUCAGGCUUCUCUCUGGAGCUCUAGCAACAACAGCUCAGUGAGCCAAUCAGAAGAGAGGAGGCUCUGAGCCUCUCUCCUGAUUGGCUGAGUGUUUUCUGAGUGAGCUAAUAAAAAUAUAGCAGAUUUCAGGUAAAACACUCAGAGAAACCAAAUCCUGCAAUGUUGGAUUGUGGAUCCAGGUGGGCGGGGCUUGGGGCAUGGCUGAAAGCGGUGACUGCGUUUCACAAGUCCUGACGGCGGGUUUUAAGGCUCAGUUUCUGAAUACAGGCUGUGUGCAUUUCUCUGUGGACUGAGGCUUUGAUACUUUCACAGUAUUAAUAUAGAAGCUAGACCUGAUCUAUAAUCAAACAACACAUGGACAGAGACCUUUGUACUAUAUAGACCUUUAAUAUCCAAAACAUUGAUUAGUGCAGCUUUAAAGAUACUUAAUGUAAUCACAUUCUUCCCAAACAGAUGAUUGUUCCCUUAAUGUCGAUCAACCCUAAACAGUCACAAUGAAAGAUGUGGGACUUCAACAUAUAGAUAACUCUAUACAGUUUGUACAUGUUGACUUCUCAGUGUAACGAGUCUUACAAACUUGCACAUGAAAUAUAAUAUUUGGCUAAUCUUUAUGUAACUGGAGUGAACAAUAUGUCUUCCUAUUAAGCUAAUUUAACAGAGUAUCUGUGAUGAUUCUGUUUUUAUUAAUGGCUUACUGCUUUCCUUCCUCACAAUCAUUAUUUUUGCACUUUGGAGAACCAUGACAUGUGCUGCCUGCACACAGCUGUUGAAGAUGUAUCCAUUUUGACCCAGUGGUAGUACUGCAGCGGAUCCAGACCUCUGCAACUCAGCCCACGUCUUCGAUUUGUUCAGUGAUUUAAAUCGGCGCUGACUGAAGGUUCUUUUGUUAAAAGCAGAGGGGUUGGCGAAGCAGUUGACCAAUUUAGAGCUUUGUAUUCUGGAUUAAGAAUGAAGACAUCUAUGGGCUCAAAUUAGGGUCAAAGAGUUUUUACCCUGUUUUUUACACCUGAAUCUGAUUGGACAAUAAUAGUCCAAUCACAAAGCAGAGUUGGGUCAGAGGGCAUGUGGUUCCGUGGCAUUCUUCUCUGCCUGAAAGGUGUAGUAGGUUUUCAAGAUGGAUGAGGGCGUGGACUCUUCUGUGACACAAGUGUGUUUGCAGACACACAAAGCUCAUUAAAUGUUUACCAUUAUUUUCUACAGCAUCAUCAAAUAAAAAUAAACCUGACAUUGUCCAUCUUGAAAAUCUACUACAGAGAAGAAGGUACAGAACCACCUGCCCUUUGAUUGGACUCUCCUUUGUGAUUGGAUUGUCAUUGUCCAAUCAGAUUCAGGAUUCAUUCUCUCUUUCUCGCUCUCUUCACAGGUUUAUAAAGGUUGAUGUACAACCACAAACUUUGGAAAUAUCUCUGUACAUCAUUUUACAAGCUCAGAACCUUUUUGACCCUAAUUUGAGCCCAUACCCAUUGUCUUCCUGAAUCUGUAGUUAGCUUCUUCGCUACAGAAGAUCACUGUACUGUUAAGAUCUGUAUGUCAUUAGCUUGAGAUCAACGAUGACACAUGGUUCACCAACUGAAGUUUUUAAUGCGUUUUAUCAUGUCAUAUUUUUUGUCAUCUUUCACAUCCUUACGGCAUAUGUACAUAUCACAUUCACAUUAAUCAUUUUUACGCCUCUGCGGCGGCAACUGCCAAAGCCAUAUUGUUUUCGGGUUGUCCAUCCGUCCCAUUCUUGUGAAUGCACUACCUGAGUAACACCUUGACGGAACUUCUGCAAAUUUGGUACAAAUGUCCACUUGGACUCAACGAUGAAUUGCUUAGAUUUCUGUGGCUAAAGGUCAAGGUCAGUGUGACCUCACAAAACACUUUUUAGCCUUUAAUCAAGACUUCACACAAUUAUGACAAAAUUUCACCAUUAAAUAGUUAAUAUUUUAUAUGACUCUGGAUACACAAAGUUAAACUAGUCUGAGUGGCGGAGGCAUACAACCACGAGGCGGCCAUUCUCAGUGAUGUAUCCGUCUCAUAGACCUAGUUUUCAGCCAACACAGAAGUACGCCAGAGAAAUAUGUAAAUUCAAGAAAUGUGAUUUCUGUAAAUCAACUCAUAACAACCUGUACAGCUGAUGUGAUGUCAUUUUUCUACCGCUAGAAGAAGAUAACAUCAUUCUUAGUUCCACCUACAAAGCAUCGGUCGGUUGAUUGUUUCUCCACUGGGGGAAACGGCUGUCGAUGAGCCGCCAGACACAUUUGAAUCUCUGAGUAAAUCGUUGAGCUGAGUGGUGAUUCAAAGGUCUGGAAAGCAAUCGGUCACCAUCUUUUUAACAGCAUUAUAUACAUGUAGGUUUUAGCCUGUUCAUCUCAGUUCAUGCCACGGACGGUUCGGGCUCCAUGAUCUCGCGUGCACCUAUUCAUGAAUGUUCUCAGUCUGGUUCAGUUGCCUGUUUCCUCACAGAGGAUUGGGGUUUGUGGUUCUCUAGACUAGAACAGAAUGAAUCCGACUCAUCUCUGGGAUCACUGCCUUACACAGCUGCCCCUCAGUGGAGAGGACACGAACUGAACCUUUCAUAUCGUCAGUAAAGAUCUGAUAGGGUUUUGAAACCGUCCUCUGAUGUUGAUUUAAGUUGGUCGUAGGAGAAUCGGUCACUAUCCCUUCUCGGUCUGUGUGUGAUGUUACAUACAAGCUGUGCGGUGCGAGGUUUGGUUUCUCAUGUAUCAGAUCACACCAACAUGCCCUUCGAUGAUUGAUUGAUUGGUUGAAUGAUUGAUUGAGUUUAAAACUUUUGUCUAAACAUUUAUCUAGCUGGACUCUUAUCAUGCUAGCAUUUCCAAGAGGUUGUAGAAUCUUGAUCUGAACUUUGUAAGUUUGGGUGACAGUUUAAGGUCAAGGUCCACGUACGGACAGAGUCCUGAAGUGCUGAAGAGUUUUUAUUCCUCCGUGACAGCGACAGUCAGCGCCAGAGGCACAUUGUUUUCAGGUUGUCCAUCUGUCUGUCCCAUUUUCAUGGACAUGAUAUCUCAGUAAUGCCUUGAAGGAACUUGGUGGUCAAAGGUCAUGGUGAAGGUGACCUCACAGAGACUGGUGUUGGCCCUUUGAACACUAUCUUGGGAAGUCUUCAAGGGAAUCCCUUCACCUUUGGCACAUGUCCAUUGGGACUCUAAGAUGAACUGAUUAGAUUUUUGUGAUCAAAGGUCAAAGGUCAGUGUGACCUCACUAAACACUUUUUAGCCUUGACUCAAGACUUCACAGCAAUUGUGACAAAGUUUUACACAAAUGGUUCAUAUUUUCUAUGACAAACGAUAAACAGGGAUGUGACCUGAAACUAGUCUGAGUGGAGGAGGCAGGCGAUUCUAGUUGGAUCUGUUGUGAUCAAGAUAACUUGUGCAUAAUAAUAGCUUGUGCAAACAAGAUGGAAUGAUGUGCACACGAGAUAAUAACUUGUGGAUGUUAACUUCUGCACACAAGAAAAACAUUUUUCAGGACUUCAGGUACUCUGUACUUACUACUUUCAGCUGCAUCUUAUGGUUUGGUUGUAUGCUCGGUUGAGUUGCUGGUAAACAGCAGCAGUAAGUGCACCUUGAGGUUUUUUUUUAUUUUUAUUUUUUUAGUCAAACCUUUCACAAACUCCAUAAUGAAUGUUCAGUGAUGUCAUGUAAUUUGUACUGUGCAGGUGAAGUCCUUGAAAUACCUGCACAUUUUAAAAUGAGAUCUGUAUUAACAGAUUUGAUUUAUAUAAUCCAUGGGUGGAAGUGAUGUUUCAUUCAGUCAGUAAAUAUUUUCUUUCUCUCGUGCACAGCCUGAAGGUUUCACACUUAUUCAGUAGACCUUGAUUUGUUUUUGAUGUGAUUAUUAUAUCUACUAAUCAACACUGAGCUCAUGUUCUUUUUUUACUUUUCCUGGGAAUUUGGGGCUUUUAGAAACGUGGGGGAGGGGCUCGAUAAGAUUUUCGACAGCAACACUUUGAACGUGUGUUUGAAAGUUGUUGUUAGGAUCAUUAAGAAGCUGGUGAAACACAGAUACUUUGCCUACCAAGUUUACAAUUUGUGUUACAAGUUUGCAGAUGGUGUUACAACCCUGUGCAGGACAGCUGAUGUUGAUGUUUUUAUGUGUGUGGGUUGCUCAUUAAGUGUCACAUAUUAGGAACAGUGGGGUUGUAUAGUUCUAAAUGUAUCAUUUAUCUACAAGUCUAAUCUGAGGUAUCGGAGGCCGGAAUCAGUUUAGUUUGUGGUGGAACGUGUCUCCUCAGUGGUCUUCACUGCUCUCCUUCCAGAACCAGACUUCAUCCAGUGGUUUCUGUAAUUGUCAAUAAACUUCAGUGAACACACAGA